AUGUCAAAAGCAUUUGAUCGGAAUGCAUCAUCGAGCACUAGCCAUGAGAACAGACUCACCGAUCGGGAGGUCAGCCCCAAACCAAGUUACCCCAAAAUGACAAACGAUUACAAGAACAAUCCGUUUUCAGUGGAAUUUCUCCAAUCUGACCACCUUACACCAAACAUAGUGCUCCCUCGCCUAAUGCACGAGAUGGAUACAGUGGAACAUGCAUACUUACCGGCACACUUCACCAGCGACCUGUCCAAUGAGUUGCAAUCAGUUAACACCACCAACAACAGCGGUUUUCAUACAUGGUCCGCUGCCGAGCACAGUCGAAUGACUCAAAAUCGUGAAAAUACUCCGUUUACUCCGUAUUCCGAAAUAUGUGAUGUCAACGACAAAUCAAAUGCACCACGUUCCAAUUCCUAUGCAACCAUGUUCAAUGAUCUCUACGGAAUGCCCAUGUAUGCGCACCACGUGUCAUACUGCCGUCAGUCCCAGGAUCUCAUGACCAAUUACUGUGAUGUAUACCACAGAUCCAUGGAUGGAACGAUUCCAUGGAGUGAUGGAUUAACCGGUCGAAUUGGAGCAGCUGAUCAUCAUCCGAUCUGGUUUCCUCCACCGCCAGAUUCGACGACCUAUGGCACACCAAGUUGGAAUCCCUUUUGGAAUGAGAAAGUACACGCGGCGGCGGCUGCAGCUGCGGCAGCCGCCACAUUGGCUUUCCACCGAAGGGAAUUCGGGACAUCGGCGGAACGAAAUCAUCUCCAGGUGAACGAUGCAGAUGACUGGUAUGCAAAGAAUUGGGACAGCAAUAAGACAAUGAUAUUGGAGAAAGAAUACAAUGAAACUUCUUAUAUCACUCGACAAAAACGCUGGGAAAUUUCCUAUCGAUUGCAUCUUAGUGAAAGGCAGGUAAAGGUGUGGUUUCAAAAUCGGCGAAUGAAGAGCAAAAAGCUUCACAUUCGAGCAAUGAGACAUUCAUAUGAAAAAGAAAAUGACAUGCUUAAACCGGAUAUCAAAGGCCACGUGACAACCGAAAGACAAGUGGAUGCGGACGAGCGGACCCAAACAACAGAACCAUAUCAUCGAGCCCCAUUUCUCUUGGUAGAAGGUGUACCAAAUGAUCAGUGCAUUCUCACAUCCCCUAACACCCCGACCGGCGCGUUUGUCAACUAA